UUGUCGAUAAACAAACUGCUCCAAAAAUGCAGCUCUCGCGUAAAUAAUUUUAGAAAUUCUUAUUUGUAAUUUGCGUAGAGUGCGGCGAAUUAGCAUAUGUAAUUGAUGCACAUGCAGGACUAGAGAUGAUGAUUAGUGAAUGAAGCGAAACAGUAGCUCGGGCCAAUCUUGGUUAGUUAGCUCCAACUCCACUUCCUCCGCUGGCAGCGGCGCACAGCAAUCGAUUUUUGUUCGAGGCGAAUGUUGAGGAAUUUCCCAGCCGAAUCUCCCACACUCUGAACUUGGCUCGCAUUUAGCGGAGCGCAAUGAAGGACGGCGGUCACAUAACGCUCACACUCUCGUCGGGAUCACCAUUGGUGACGACGGUGGACGAGCGGGGCAGGAAGAGUCUGCGGCGGGCCUGGAAUCAGCUGCCUCGUUGUCAGCGUAAUCUCAUUAUUCUGGGAAUAACCGCCUUCUGUGUCACGGUUCUGCUCUGCCUGAGUGGCGAUCAGCUACUGGCCGCCAGCCUGAGGGAUGUGGACGAGAAGGCCAUGGUGGCUCCCUAUCAAUUGCCCAUGCCCAAUCCGCACCAUCAUCCCGGAGUCGAUAAGGACCUGCCAGAAGUCACAGCAGCGGAAGAUAAGGGGCCACCCCGGGCGGAGGCUCUUAAAGAUAAGUUUAAUGAAUUGGUUGCCUAUGGAGAUGCUAACUCAGCCGAGAACGUGGUCCGCCUGCCGGAGACAGUGGCCGCCCAAGUGCCUCCGCAGGCCGUGGCACAGCCUCCGCCGGAGAACAACAAGGAGCAGGACCUGGGCGGCAUCGACAUCCUGAACAAUGUGGAGGAACCCAUGCCACAAGAGCCAAGGGAACCGCUCAGCGAACGCGAACAGCUCGACGAGGCCAUCAAGAGUCCACUGAAUAUGGGCGGUGUCAGCUUCAAGGAUCAUCUGCGCAAGAUUCAGCCCAUUCUGGCCAAAGCUCAGCACUUCCAUGGCGCCACCAACGAGCGGCAGUCGGCUGUGGUGGCCGCCUUCAAGCACUCGUGGGCGGGCUACAAGCGGUACGCCUGGGGACACGACAACCUCAAGCCGAUUUCGCAAUACUCUCACGAGUGGUUCGGUCUCGGUCUGACCAUUGUGGAUUCAUUGGACACCAUGUAUAUAAUGGGACUGGAUGAUGAAUUCAAAGAAGCGCGCGACUGGGUGGAGCACUCACUGCGCUUCGAUACCAAACGAGAUGUGAAUCUGUUCGAGGUGACCAUACGAGUCCUGGGCGGAUUGCUGUCUGCCUAUCACCUAAGCGGCGACACGAUGUUCCUGGAAAGAGCAUCAGAGCUGGGAAACCGCUUGUUGCCCGCCUUCCUAUCGCCAUCGAAUAUUCCCUACUCGGACGUGAAUCUCGGAGAUCUGUCGGCACAUUCGCCCAAAUGGUCACCAGACAGUUCCACCAGUGAGGUCACCACCAUUCAACUAGAGUUUCGUGAUUUGAGUCGGUCCACAAACGUUUCCGUUUAUGAACAGGUUGCUCAAAAAGUAAACGAAAAGGUGCAUGAUCUGGAUAAGAAUCAUGGCUUGGUGCCCAUAUUCAUCAACGCCAACACAGGAACGUUCCGCAAUUACGCCACCAUUUCGCUGGGUGCACGAGGUGAUUCCUAUUACGAGUACCUACUCAAGCAGUGGAUUCAGACUGGCCGUAAGGAUAACGAUAAUCUCAUUUUGGAUUAUAUGCAAGCAAUAGAUGGAGUACUAACCCAGCUAAUGCGGCGCACUCCUCGAGAGCAUUGGGUCUACAUUGGCGAGCUGAUCAAUGGCAAAGACUUCAAGCCGAAAAUGGACCAUCUUACGUGCUAUCUGCCGGGCACUCUGAUUCUGGGACACCAGAACGGAAUGCCCGACUCGCAUCUAAUACUUGCUAGGGAUUUGAUGGAUACAUGCUAUCAGACCUAUAAGAUGAAUCCCACACAUCUGGCGGCAGAGAUUUCGUACUUUGCGCUCACCGAAAAGGACGAUCAGGACAUUUAUGUGAAGCCAAACGACGCUCAUAACCUGCUGCGUCCGGAAUUUGUGGAGAGUCUUUAUUACUUCUACUCCCUGACUGGCAAUCGCACAUACCAGGACAUGGGGUGGACCAUCUUCCAGGCGUUUGAGACUCACGCCAAAGUAAAUGCGGGCUACACAUCGAUGGGAAAUGUGAAGAACACACAGAACACGCGUCUGCGUGAUCUGAUGGAAAGCUUUUGGCUGAGCGAGACCCUGAAGUACUUCUACCUGUUGUUUAGCGACGACCGCAAGGAAAUCGAUCUGGAGCAAUGGGUCUUCAACUCGGAGGGCCAUCCACUGCCCGUCUAUCCGCUCAAGACUUAACUAGUGCCCAAACCGGGCAACUAAAAGGCAACGCAACUUAGUUGCGCCAGCGAAACUAACUGGAAACCGAAUAGUGUCGGCGCAUUUAGGCUGCAACAAUCGUUUUACUCGUAUUCGUACUUUAGCGCAAAUGCCAAAUACUAUGCUAAGCUUAGGAUCAGGCCGAGCACUUUUGGCCAAUCGAAUAAAGCAAUGCCCAUGGAGGGUUUGGGUCGAUUUCUACUGAUAAGAACCAAUGUUAAAUCGCAGGGGCAAAAUGUGAAGGUGUAAUACUAAUAUUGAAAAGAAUCCGGAAAAAUGUACUAACAAAAAUUAUUUAAUUUUUUUACUAAAUAUGGCCAGAGAUCUUAAAUAUCGAUUAGCUUUAGGGGCUGUUAAAUUUGAUAAAAAAAAAAAAAAACAACAGAACGCUGAAACAUUUUUCGCCCCAGCGAUUUUGAACAAAUUGUCGACCCGUUCCAUCUUCCUAAACAAAAUGUCAUUUUAAAAUCAGUAGUAGUGUGUACUGAGAACUGUUAUUUUGUAAUAAUUUAUUUCGUACCAUAAGCACCUACUGUAACUUGAUAUUGGGCCAUUGCUAACCCAUCUCAUUAGCCAGUAGCAUCAAUCGAAUCAGCCAGCUGGUUUUAACCUUGUAAUCUCUCUUGUAGUUAAAUGUAUAUGUUUAUGUUAGCAGGAUACUAGAAACUCAGUUGCACUCAGCACAAAGUCGAUUUGUGCGUUAAUCUUUAAAGUACGUAAUAAACGAAUCUCACAUGAGAAUGCGCCAAGAGCAUUUUCGAUACCAUAGGCAACCUGCGUGUUGAAAACAGAGCCGAUAAUAAAAUGCGAUAGUUUUUAAAA